AUGGGCGCCGGCGACGGCAACGGCAACGGCAACGGCACGGGCCCCAAGACGAACGAGAUGAUCCCGUGCAACGGGAGUCCCGGCCAUGCGGCGUUGGACGGCUUUGGCCCGUUGUCCAAGCGCCCGCACGUCGUCCCCGACCCUCCGCAGCAGGUGUCCGACCCGGCUAACUACGCCAUCGCUGGCAAGAUCCUGCUCGCCGUGGCGGGGGCGUUCGCGGGCGUGCUCCUGGCGCUCGUCGCGCUGCACCUCUACAGCAGCACCCGGCGCCGGCGCCUCGGCGGCCAGCGGCGGCUGCUCCGGAGCCUGGCCAUCGCCGGUGGUGGCGACGAGGACCGCCGCGACGGCGACGGCGACGGCGACGGCGCGGGGGCACCUUCCCCACGCGGCCUCGACCCGGCGGUGCUCGCCACGAUACCGGGGAGAAGGCCCGCGCGCUUCCACGUCGAGUGCAUCGACGCCUGGUUCCGCGGGAACGCCACGUGCCCGCUCUGCCGCGCCAACGUCGUCGUGGCGCCGGGCGUCGCCGCGCCGUCCGCGCCAGCCGAGGGCGGGGCGCAGCCGGAGGUGCGCAUAGACGUGGCAGGGGACGCCGUCGUUGCGCCGGCCAAUGGUUCCACGGUGGCGUCGGUGAUGGGGAGGCUGCACAGCGACCGGGAUCUUGAGAAGGCGAGGCGGGUCUUUGCUUCCACCCGAUUCUCUUCCUUCUGA